AUGACGUCAGUGAUUUUUUACAUAUAUUGCGGUAUACCCAAGCGUGUCUAUGGCGUUUGCCAAGGCAACUCAACUCAUGUUUUAUGUUUCUCUUUAGGACCUUCGUUACGAAGGUCUAUGCUUUUAAAAUAGCUAUGUCUGAGCUAACCCCACGUCCAAUUGUCCUCAGUGGUCCAUCUGGCACUGGUAAAAGUACACUUAUAAAAAAACUCAUGAACGAAUUUAAAGAAUAUUUUGGCUUCACAAUUAGUCACACAACACGGAAAGCUCGACCUGGAGAGAAGCAUGGACAAGAUUAUUAUUUUACAAAUCGUGAAGCAAUGGAGGAAGCUGUAUCUCGUAAUGAGUUUAUAGAAACUGCAGAAUACUCUGGUAACUUAUAUGGUACAAGUAAAAAAGCUGUGGAAGACGUGUUAAGCAAACAGAAGAUAUGUAUUUUAGAUAUUGACAUGCAAGGAGUAAAGAAUGUCAAACAAACAAACUUGAAACCACGUUACAUAUUUAUUAAGCCACCAAGCAUGGAAGCAUUGGAAGAAAGAUUAAGAGGUCGUGAAACGGAAACAGAUGAAUCUAUACAGAAAAGAUUAUGUAGUGCAAAAGCGGAGUUAGAAUAUGCUUUAACAGGAGCAUAUGAUGUGAUGAUCAUUAAUGAUGAUUUAGAAAUUGCUUAUGAAGAAUUGAAAGGAUUUUUAAGUCAAGAUAUUUCUAAUUUACAGAAACAAAAAUUUAAAAAACAUUGAUAUUAACAAACUCAGGGAAAACUGUUCAUAUAAAUAUCCAUUCUUUUUAAGGGUGUUCAAUUUCACUUCUAUGAUAUGUGUAUUCUCUGCAUUGGGUUGUAAUGUUGAUCUUUGGAAUGUCAGUUUUGUAUCUC